AUGGCGUCGGAGCUCACCUCCACCAAGCUCAAUGCGGAGAACCACCUCCUCUUGGAUCAACCCCUACUCCGACUACCUCACGAACUCGCCCGUCGAAAUUUCAAGUCAGUUCAAAGGAUCGUUGAACGAGAGAAGGAAUAUGUGCUCCCGGCACUCAAAGAAGUUACGAAUGCCUCAUUUUCCGAGAUACAGAACCCCGAACAGACGCUCGCUGCUUUGGAUACUAUGAUAUCCCGAAUGCAAGGCCUGAAGCGGAAAAUGGAAAAUCUGCAGGAAGAGGAAAAGAAAAUCCAUCUUCAGUCGCAAAAGCGCAUCCAACAUCUGGAGAGCCUCUACAAUAUCCCCAGCCUAGCAGACGUCAAAUAUGACAUGUGGUCUAGAAUCAGAUUGGAUAGGCUACUGGCUGAUCAUAUGCUCCGCUCCGGGCACACGGAGAGUGCUCGACAACUGGCCCAAGAGAAGGGGAUUGAAGAUCUAGUAGACCUCAAUGUAUUCGUUCAAUGCCAGGGAAUUGCGGAGAAUUUACAUCGUGGCGAGACCAAAGAUGCUUUGCAGUGGUGCGGGGAGAAUAAAGCGGCCCUGAAAAAGAGCCAGUAUAACCUUGAAUUCGAGUUACGGUUACAACAAUAUAUUGAGAUGGUCAGGGUCGGCGAUAAAUGCAAGCUGAUAGAUGCCCGGAUGCAUGCAAAGAAGUACCUUACGCCUUAUCUCAGCACGCAGUCAGUGGAGAUACAUCGUGCUGCUGGCCUUCUUGCUUUUCCGCAAGACACAAUAGUGGAACCUUACAGGUCACUAUAUUCGCUUGAUCGGUGGAGUCACUUGGCUGAUCUCUUUAUCCGCACCCAUCAUGAGCUGCUCUCAGUUCCAUCCCGUCCACUUUUACAUAUUGCUCUCCAGGCGGGCUUAUCUGCCCUGAAAACACCAUCCUGCCAUUCUGCAUUCAGUUCUCCCAGUGCUAAUUCUCUAUCCAUUGCCACGUCUGUCUGCCCGAUCUGUUCCACUGAACUAAACGAGCUGGCGCGUGGUAUGCCAUAUGCGCAUCAUACAAAGAGUUAUCUUGAAAAUGACCCGAUUGUUCUACCAAAUGGACGGAUAUACGGACAACAGCGGCUACUUGACAUGAGCAAGAAGCUUGGGUCUGUUGAAGCAGGCAAAGUGAAAGACCCCACGACUGGUGAAGUAUUUCAUGAGGGUGAAAUGAAGAAGGUUUUUAUAAUGUAG